AUGGACCCCAGAGGAGGAAGCCCCGCCCUUCCAAAUUACCAGGUGCAGACCCCUCCCCAAACCAUGUCACGGACCUCAGGCGUCCUCACCUGCAGAUGCCCGGCCAAAGGAAGAAUAAUUUCCGCACCAUUGAUGAGCAGGAGGAUGAGGAAGAUGAGUCUAGCAGUUCUUCAAGCGUGUCUGGUCCUCCUUACGCCAGCUGGGCAGGAUAUGGCCACUUUUCUGGUGCCUCCACUGUUCACAGCCAGAAGCACCGUACUCUUUGGAGACAUCAGAAAACCUUCCAUCCUCACGGAGAUGAUGGGUCCUCCAGUGAGACGGAGGCCUCUUCUAGCAGUGAAGGAGAAGGCCAGAGGGGAACACACCUCCUUUCUGAAGAGGAACAGGAUUUUCUGACCGCCUCUCUGACCAUGUCCAGCAGCUCCAGGAAAACGGAAUUUGUGACUAUGGGGCUCCCCUUUGUCUCUGAAGCUGUUCUGGAGAAGUUGGAGCAACAUUUGGUGGUGAAGAGGACUCAGAACGCAAUUGGGCUGCCCGUGAUCCUCCUCAGGUCCCUCAAGGCCUUUCUGCCCUUCGCUCCGAGUCCCCUUAUUCGGUGGCCCCUGAAGAGAGAAGUAGUGGUGGUGACCAGGCCUCAGGUCCUCCCAUUUAAGAGUGUGGCCACCAGAAGAAGACUGGAGCAGCACUUGAGAAAGAGGGCUCACCUCAAGCGCUGGGGGCUUCCAAGGGUGAUCCAAGAGGCCCUCAGGCACAUGAAGACUGACUUCCACCCCAUUGUUCCUGGAGUGGAAGGGCCUGAUGAAGACAAGUCCCCGCGCUCAACGAAACAUCCCCAUUUAGCCUCCACAACUAGAGAGGCAACCUUGGACUACCUUCUCCACUCCAAGCCCAGGUUCCAGGUUCACAUCGGGAAGAAGUUAUUCCAAAUUGCCCAGGAGGCCUUUCCUAAACGAGUGGAGCAGUCCCAGAAAAUGAGCACCUCAGAGGAGAAGAAAGCAGUCCUUCCGAAACUGAUCAGAUUAUCCUGGAGGAGCCCCCAGGCACGUGGUGGGCCGAGCCUCGGUCUUCGGAGGAAGGCGGACAGUGUGGAGAUGAACAUCAAGUGCAAGCACAUCCAACUCUUAUGGCAGCUCCCUACUUUCUACUCCCAGUCCUUGUCCAAGAUGGCUCCCAAGACUUUUAAUCUGCCAGUGACUCCACCUCGGGGGUUUGGCCCCUCUGAGUUUGGCCACACAGAGACCCCUUUCCUGCCCAGCUCUCAGCGGCAGCUCCUAGACUCCCAUGUGCUCCGGAAGACGGUCCAGCACCAGUGGGGGCAGCUGAAGCUUGUGCAACAAUCCCUCAGGCAGUUCCUCUCAGCCGCACCCUUCAGCCCUGCCACCCCAAAGGGUCCCCGAGUGGACGUCAAGGUGGCCUCAAGAAGCAUGUUGCCUUUCGUCCCCUUGGAGGCCAACCGGAAGCUGGAGGACCACAUCAAGAGGAAGAUCAUUGAGAGGCAGUGGGGGGUUCCCCAAAGGGUGAUGAAGUCUCUCCAGAUGUUCAUGCCAAUGCCCCCCAGUGUAGAGGAGAUGGACACAGAGAGCGAGGAGGAGAAGGUUGCAAGGAGGUCACCUUCUGUGAUGGAUUCAGGUCUCCACAAGCUCCCCCAAGCCCUUCGGAAGCACGUGGCCCAAAAAGCUCUCAAGAUUCACCUGGGAGAGCCUGGUCCGUUUUCCACGCUGCUUCAGAUGGCUUCUCUCCGAGACAGAGAAGACGGCGCCCUCCCCAGAAUUAUCUCCCCUGGGACAAGGACUUUGCAGCUGCGACCCAAGGAACUCUGCUUCGUGGAGAUGAUGGCCCUGGAGCGUGUUGAACUUAACAUCAGGCACAAGGACUUGGCUCGCAAGUGGGGGGUGGUCACUUUGUACCAAAAGUCCCUCUCCCACAUGUUCACAGGUGUUGAAUUUCAGGUCCCCCCUCCUCCCUUACCCAGAAGGGCCCUUGGGUUGGAUAUCAGCUCAUCAGAUACAGUCUUCAUCAGCCAAGGAACCCGGGAAGAUCUGGAGUGGCAUGUCAGAAGGAAGAAGAUGCAGCACACCUGGGGGCUGGUGAGUCUCGUCAAGAAAUCCCUGCAGUUGUUUUUGCCAACUGCCCCACGCUGGCACGUUGCAGGGCACACCGAGGUGAUCACCCUCCCAGCUGAAAUCACUUUCCUCGGGGAUGCCAACCUACAUGAGCUAGAGAAGAACAUGAGGAAAAGAGUCGUGCUGCAGAGAUGGCACCUGCCCAGGAGGCUCCGGGAGCCAUUGAAGAUGCUUGGCUCAGAGAUGGCAGUGGUCUCAGGCCCACGUCAAGAGGUGAAGGAGCCAAGAAGGAGGACGGCUUCUUCUCCACGUCAGCUGGAGGUCUUCCACCUGCCACCACAGGGGAAAGCCCUGGAGGAGGUGAAGGUCUCUCUGGAGAAGAAGCACAUGGAGAUAUUGCUGGGGGUGAUGCCUACAGUGGCCAGACUCUCUUGGCAGCAUGCAACCUCCACACCAAGGAAGCCCCUGCCCAAGCUGAUCCCUCCUGGCCAUAACUUCCUCCAGCCACGUUGCCGUUUCUUGCCCUUUGAACGCCCAGAAGAUGUGGACCAGAUUGAGCAGACCCUGAAGCACAAAUGGCUGAUGUUCCUCUGGGGCCUGACCACCCAGUACCUCGAAGCCCUGGGAGGGAUGAUGCCAAGACCACCUGAGGAGCGUCCUCUCCAGCCCAGAUUGGCAGAUCGCUUGGUCUUCUUAGAAGUGAAGACCCUCUUCCUCCAGGAGAAUGUCAGAGGAACCUUUGAAGGACACAUCCGCAGGAAGUGGCUGCAACACGAGUGGGGGCUGCCGGACGUGAUCCGGAGGUCGCUCAGGGGCUUCAUGGGAGGAGUUCCCUCCCCACUCUCCCCACACAGUGUGUCUCAAGUGCAGAUUCUACACGAGGAGUUGACCUUCCUCCCUCAAGAUUCCCGCCGGUUCCUGGAGCUCCAUAUCCAUAGAAGAAAGCAUCAGCAUCAGUGGGGGUUGCCCAAGAGGGUGCUAGAAGCCAUGAAGGGGCUGGGGGUCGAGUCCAUCACUGGUCCUCAGUCCAAGGAAAUGCAAGAGGUAGAUCAGAGUCAGGUGGGCCUGGGGACCUCUGAAGCAGUGGCCACCAAUGGGGAGAAGGCACCUCAUCACCCAUCUCCAGAAGAGAUGUCCCCGUCCGAGACCCUGUUCUUUAGUGGUGAGGUGGAGAAAAGGAUCCAGAUGUUCUCCCUUAAGAAGUGUGUGGAGGUGCAUACGGGGGUCUUCCCAGGGGUGGCCAGGCAGUCCUGGCAGCGUCUCCCUCCUUCCAGAGCCCCCCUCCCCAAACCGGCUUCCCCGAGCUCCUGGACCCCACAGCCACGCAGAAAGCUCCUGCCCUUCGUGCACGCCGAAGACAUUGACCGGUUGGAGCUGGGCAUUUUGCGCCACCGCUUGGCCUCCCUUUGGGGCCUGGGCAGGGCCUACACGGGAGCCAUAGCUGCCCUGCAGCCCAAGCUGCCCUCCAGCCACAGAAGACCCGGAGGAGAAGAGCUCUCCGAGGAGCAGGUCCUCUCUCUGCAAGCGGAGGUCCGAGAGGCCCUAGAAUUGCACGUCAGGAAGAAGAGGCUGGAGCACGGAUGGGGCUUCCCCAGACUCAUCCAGAAAUCCCUGCAAGGCUUUAUGGACAGAGCUCCUGCCCAGCCGAGCCUUCAGAAGACGGACAGCUGUGCCCGCAUCCUAUGCAAGGUCCCAGCCUUCCUUCCUCCGAGCACCUGCACCCACCUGGAAUCCCACAUCCAGAGGUGGCAUCUACAGCGACAGUGGCAUUUGCCAGCAAAAGCUCUAGAGUCCCUUAAGCUUCUCCAUCCUCGGCCUGAGUUAAGCCCGUCUGACAUGAGGAGCAGUGAGGAUGGGGACAUUUCCCCCUACUGUUGUGGCCAGGGGGCUGUUUCUGAGCACCCCGCUCUGGAUUUGGGGUAUUUCCAACCAGGAGGGGACAUGGGAACUGCUGGCUCAGUGGAGGGCACCCCACAGCGGGCUGAGGUUCUGUCUAAAAUAGACGCCAAAGAGGUGAAUCAACUUCAAAUCUACUUGUGUAAGAAGAACGUAGAGGUCCAGUUGGAAGCAGUCCCAAAUAUUGCCUGGACCCGGAGCUCUUCAAGGCAACGCCUCCCCAAGCAGAUCCCUCCUGGCCUCAGAAUGUGGCAGCCCCGAUCCUCCUCCCUGUCCUUCUUCCAUGCAGGGGAGGUGGAGCGGAUCGAAAUGGCCAUUCGUUGCCACCAUCUCCUAUCCUUGUGGAACUUGGGAAUGAGCUACGUGGAUGUUCUGAGUGCUUUGCCCUUCGCGCCAUUCUCCAAGCCUUUCAGGCUGAGAGGGACCAGCAUUGAAUUCUCAGAGGUCCAAACAUCCUUCCUCCAGGAGCAGGAAAGGCAAGGGCUAGAAUGUCAUGUUGUGAAGAAGAAGAUCCACCAUGCUUGGGGCCUCCCGGUUCUUGUCCAGAAAUCGAUGAAGGCCUUCAUGCAAGAACUUCCAAUGCCCCCCACCCCACAAAGGAACCCAACUGAUGUCCAUGUUAUGCACCAGGAGCCAUCUUUCCUUCCCCAAGUUGUCUACAGCCGCUUGGAGUUCCAUGUCCAGAAGAUAAACUUCCAGCGGCGAUGGGGGCUACCCAGGAAGGCAUUAAAAUCCCUCGGGAUGCUCUGCCCAACAGGUGAUGAUGCUGAGGCGGAGAGGCCACUAACGUCCCAUCUUGAUCAAACCUGGAGGAACCUCCCCAGAGGUCCUAGCUUGGAGACUCCUUCAGUAGGUUGGCCUGGAGGAGCACAGAGCACGGAACGGGCCCCCGGGAGGAAAAGUGAUGUAUUAGGGACUUUGGACCCUCUGAACCUGAGGAGGCUACAGAUUCAUCUGGCUAAGAAACAUUUGGAGGUCCACUACGGGGUUCUUCCAACUGUUGCCAAGGCCUCCCUUGGCCUUGCGGAUGUCUAUUCAAAGCAGCCCCUUCCUAAGCCGAUCCUUUCUGGCCAGGGGCUGCUACGGCCUCGCAAUCUUUCCCCGCUUACUGUGUCUCCAGAAGACAAGGAUCGCUUGGAGUGGGUGGUCCAGAGAAACCGUUUUGCUUUCUUGUGGGGGAUUGGCCUGAGAUACAGGGAGGCCCUUGCCGGAAUGAUGCCCCCAUUUACCUCCCCAUUCCCCAGGCCCAGGCUGCCACAGGCGGAUUUCUCAGAGACGCAGAUGUUCUUCCUCCAGAUGGAGGACAGAGAAGCCCUAGAGGACCACAUCAAGAAGAAAAGGAUACAGCACAUGUGGAGCUGCCCGAUUCUUGUCCAAAGGUCCAUGGAGCGCUUCAUGUCAAGAGCUCCCUUGUGCCCCAGCCCCCACACGGUAGAGACCAACACCCACAUUUUGCUGCAUGAGGUGCAUUUUCUACCCCCCAACACCCAAACCCACUUGGAGCACCACCUUCAGAGGCGGAAACUGCUACAGAGGUGGGGGCUGCCCAAAAAGAUCCACCAGUCUUUAAAGAUCUUCCUCCCAAGAGCCCCGAUGAAGGCUCCGGCUCCCCCCACUAAGGAACUUUUGGAGGGACCAAAGAAUCAGCAGUGGAAACAGCCAGCAGAAUCGCUUCCAAAGAUGACUUCAUCAGCCUCUUCUUCACGGCCAAGCAGGAAUCACACCUUCCAUUUCCAGGUGUUGGAGACGCCGUACCUACAAGACGAGGAAAAGGAAGUCCUGGAGUAUCAUAUCAAGAAGAGACUCCAGCACCAGUGGGGACUGCCUGUUGUCAUCCAGAGAUCUCUGCAAGCUUUUGCACCCCCUUCCCUUGGACCAGUCUGUCCCCCAAAGAAGGCAGGUCCAGACGUGAAAAUCCAGGUUCAAAGGCCACGUUUCCUCCCUCUGCAUUCCCAGAAGAAUUUGGAGGAAAGCCUGAAGAGGAUAAUCACCCAUCAGCAGUGGAGACUCCCAAAGAAAGUCCUGGACUCUCUACGGGCGUUCUCUUCCACCACCCCAGCCAGAAGGCCACAGCCCGGUCAGGAAAAGGAAAGAUCCGAUCAUGUUGCCAAGAAAGAGCACCUCAAAACACACCUCAGGAGAAAGUCAACAGAAAUUAGCUUCCAGUCCAGGACAAUCCCUGACAUUUUGCUUCCUGAGUCUCUUCACAGUGAGAGGGGCCCCACAAGCACCACUCGGCCACCAGAGUCAACCUCAGCCAUAAAUGGUGAGGGACCCAACCAGAUAACUUCUCAAGCUGAGGCCAAAGACCUUCUGGAAUUCCACAUCCUACACAAGAAGAUUUGUCACGAGUGGGGCUUGCCACGAAUUGUGCAGAAAUCUCUCUCGGCUUUCUGCCCACCUCUUCCUAAGCCACGAGCUGACCAGGGAUCGGUUGGGGAGCAUCUGGAGACCGUGAAGGAAGAUGGUGCCACCCCUGAGGAAAGCAUCCUUCAAGAUGAUGAAAUGAAACUCUUGGCGGAAAGCCAACAAGCGACAAAGGAAGAGGUGAGUGAGACCCCCCAAGACUCCAAAAGAGGCAGUGUUAGCACCAAGGCCGCAGAGAUGGAAAAACUGACCCUUGCUGGUGGAAUGCCAGAGUCUCCAGAAGAAAUCAUCUCCACUGGUGGGGACAAAGAAGAAAGCCACAGACACUCGCCAGACACAGAAAAAGAAAACGGGUUUUCUUCCAAGACUCCACAGCACCCCACAAAAACCAGCCCUCGGGUUGAAAGUCCUCAAUCCGUAACCAUGUCCACUACCCACCCACAGAGUCCAUCAGCCUCAGAAGAAGUCAACAUCACAAGUAAGAGGCUAGAAGCCAUUGAGGAGGAGACACCUAAAGUAACAACUACUCUGAGUAAGAGUCUGCAAGCUGCCGAAGAAGCCAAUGUGGCCGGAUUGCAGAUUGAUGAUUUGGUGGCCACUGAGACUCCAUGGUCUACGGAGGCAAAAGGCCCGUCAGGCCCAUGGAAUGUGAAUGUGUCAUAUGAGACCCCACAGACAGCAGAAGAAAGCAGGGCAACGGAGACCAUCUUGGGGGGAGAUGCUGCAGCAGAGAAUGGAAGAUACUCCCCAGGUACUGGUUCUCUACAGAUGGAAGAGGAAGGGAUCCAUGGGGCUGCAGAAGAGGAAAGCACCACUGUCCAUGGCCUAAAAGUUGGACCAGAGGAUGUUGCUUCGGACAGCCUUCAUGCCACCGAAGAAUCCACGGAGGAAUUAGGCAUCAAUAGUCCACCGUCAGCUGAAGAAACAUCCAUUACCAGCAAAGGUUCCUGA